UUAGGUGUAUUAUUUUUGUUAUAUUUUAUUUUAGAAGAAAACGACACAAGAGAAGUCUCUGUUAACUUUACUCUUUCUCUGAACACACAAGCAAUAACUCUGCCUCUCUCAUCACCCACUGGCCACUACUCACCCAAAUCUUCACCCAUUUUCUUCUUCUUCUUCUUGUGCACUGCCACAUCAACGACAACUGCAAAUCUCAGACUUAUACAACUCAUAAAUUUUAAAAAUGGGAGGAUCUGGUGGUGGUAUAGUAAGCUUACUCAAGGUCAUACUCAGUAACUUUGACGUUCUUGCUGGGCCGGUGGUUAGUUUGGUAUAUCCUUUGUAUGCAUCAAUAAGGGCUAUUGAGACCAAAUCCCCAGUGGAUGAUCAACAAUGGCUUACCUAUUGGAUUUUGUACUCUAUGAUUACACUCUUUGAGCUGACGUUUGCCAAGAUUAUUGAAUGGCUUCCUUUCUGGUCGUAUGCAAAACUGAUAGCAACCUGCUGGUUGGUCAUACCUUACUUUAAUGGUGCUGCGUAUGUGUACGAGCAUUAUAUUAGGCCUUACAUUGUCCAACGAAAGGCAGUUAACAUCUGGUAUGUGCCUCGAAAGAAGGAUGUUUUUAGUAAGCCAGAUGACAUCCUAACUGCUGCUGAGAAAUAUAUACAAGAACAUGGAACCCAAGCAUUUGAGGAGAUGAUCCACAAGGCUGAAGGGGAACGAAAGACCCAUACCAGCAAUUACGUGUUUUAUGAUGACGACUACAGAUACUGAGCCUUGUACACUACAGUUCUUUUCGUUCAGUUUCUGCUGCUCCAGUACUUAAGAAAAGGAAGAUAUCUAUCCACUGUUGUAAAGAUGUGUCUUGAAACUGAUGUUUGGUCUUUCUCCGUUGGUCUAGUAUCUUUUAUUUUGUAGAGUUCUUGGUAGUCCUCUUUAACUUAUGUUAUAAGCUAAUACUGCUUAACCUUCUCAUCGAGUCUUUUGUCGUAGAUAUUUGUAUUUCCAGAACCUCUUAACUUAUGUUAUAAGCUAAUACUGCUCAACCUUCUAAUCGA